AUGCUAACAGGUACAGUGGACCUAGCAGCCACCUCUUUACUAAAUAAGCUGAUCCAUAAAUCUUUGGUCGAAUCUCGUCAAAAUGUGGAGGUUUUGCAGAGAGAUCCCACCUCUCCUUUAUAUUCAGUGAAGACUUUUGAGGAGCUUCACCUGAAGCCUGAACUGCUUAAAGGAGUGUAUGCAAUGGGAUUCAACAGACCAUCGAAGAUACAAGAAACUGCUUUGCCUAUGAUGCUUGCAUUUCCCCCACAAAAUCUGAUUGCCCAGAGCCAGUCAGGCACCGGAAAGACUGCUGCUUUUGUCCUCGCCAUGCUCAGCAGAGUAGACCCCUUGAAAAAAUACCCACAGUGUAUCUGUCUCAGCCCUACAUUUGAGCUUGCUUUGCAGACGGGAGAAGUAAUUGAACAGAUGGGGAUGUUUUGUGAUGGUGUUGAAGUGGUCUAUGCACUACGUGGAAACAGACCGGCUAAAGGCAGCAAUAUAGAAGCGCAGAUUGUCGUUGGGACCCCGGGAACAGUCAUGGAUUGGUGCCUCAAGCUGAAGAUUGUGAAUCCGAAGAACAUAUGUGUCUUUGUACUAGAUGAAGCAGAUGUCAUGAUUGGAGUUCAGGGUUAUGCGGCCCAUAGUGUGCGUGUAAAGAGAGUAAUGCCAGCAACAUGUCAAAUGCUCCUAUUUUCUGCUACAUUUGAAGACACAGUGUGGCAGUUUGCUGACAGGAUUGUGCCUAACUCAAACAUUAUAAAGCUUAAGAAAGAAGAGAUGACCCUUGAGAAUAUCCUGCAGUUCUAUGAUUCCUGUGAGGGCAUAGAGCAGAAGUACAGUGCACUGGGCAACAUUUAUGGCACAGUCACCAUUGCUCAAGCUAUAAUAUUUUGUAGGACCCGCAAGACAGCUAAAUGGCUUGCCUGUAAAAUGGUGAUUGACAGUCACACGGUAGAGCUUCUGAGUGGAGAGCUUACAAUGACAGAACGAGCCUGCGCUAUUCAGAAAUUCCGUGAAGGCAAAGUGAAAGUUCUCAUCACCACAAAUGUCUGCGCACGAGGAAUUGAUGUGGAACAGGUGUCAAUCGUGGUAAAUUUUGACCUGCCCGUGAACACAGAUGGUCAGGUUGAUUUUGACACUUACCUGCACCGUAUCGGACGCACCGGCAGAUUUGGAAAGAAGGGCAUUGCCAUCAGUCUCAUUGAAAGAUGCUAUUUGAACAUGUUACGUCAAAUAGAAGAACAUUUUGGUAAAUAG